AUGUCUUACCAGCAGCCUUACGGUCAACAGCCUCCUCCCCAGGGAUACUACCCUCCCCCUGGCGGCCAAUAUCCUCCUCCCCAGCCCAUGCAGUACCAGCAGCCCCCACCCCAGGAGGAGAAGAAGGACCGUGGCUGUCUCACCGCC